CACGUGGAAAAAAGUGCCCUUCCUUUGGAGGUGGGUUACAAGCGGGGGGAUUAGCACAAUCAGAGAGGUGAAUGGAUCUGGUUUCUUAAUCCAAGAAGACUGAGAAGGGGGGAAGGCUGGGAUCCCGCCCCCGCUCUUUCCCCCCGUUUCAGCUAGCAUUUUCCCCUCCUAAAACAAACGGUUUAACUCCUGAUUGGGGGUUAAACUCCCCCUCCAGACCGCUUCCCCUUACCCAAACCUCUUGAAUCCACUUUCUGAGAUUGAGAUCAAGAAAAUCAGUUCUGGAGGGUCAAAAGAAGAAGAGGUGAAGAACUCGUCUCUCUCUCUCUCUCUCCCCCCCCCCGCUGCACACACAGACACGCUAUGCGUCCCCGUCUUUGGACUUGGGGGUUAUACCUAAGGAACAGCUGACGAUGUGGAGGGGGGGCCUUGAUCUCCAGGAAGCAGAUACAAACUGUUAAGAGAAAGACAGUAAGGAGCCAGUUUUCCCAAGGGGAAAGGAGCAGGGGGAAUUAAAGAAGAAGAAAUAAGCUUGAGGACUAGCGGCUUAAAAAACAACUACCACCACCAUGGGCUGUGCUCCUAGCAUCCAUAUAUCAGACAGCAGGGUGGUUUAUCACAGUAAUAAAGAGCCAGAGGACUCAAACUCGUCACAGCAACAGCAGCAGCAGCAACAGCAGCAGCAAGGCAAUUCUGUCCCUGGAUUAUUCAUUAAAUCUUCCAACACCUCCACGUACAAGUUGAGGACGAAUCCUUCCAAGAAAGGCAAGCAGGGCAACAUGGAGGGCGAGUCUCGGACCGGCAGAUCCAGCGUGAAGGGAGUGGGAACGGAUGUGCAGUUUGGCCCUAUGAGACUCCACCAAGAUCAGCUUCAGGUACUUUUAGUGUUUGCCAAAGAAGAUAACCAGAGUAAUGGAUUCUGCUGGGCAUGUGAGAAAGCUGGAUUUCGGUGUAACAUUGCGAGGACGCCUGAAUCGGCUCUCGAGUGUUUUCUGGAUAAGCACCAUGAAAUCAUCAUUAUUGAUCAUAGGCAUUCGAGAUACUUUGAUGCAGAAGCACUAUGCAGGUCCAUUAGAACAAGAAAGCUAUCUGAAAACACUGUUAUUAUUGGUGUAGUACGGAGGCAUGCGGAUCGUGAAGAAUCCUCAAUAUUACCCUUCAUUUCUGCCGGCUUCACAAGGAGAUACGUAGAAAAUUCCAACAUCAUGGCCUGUUACAAUGAACUCAUUCAGCUGGAAUUUGGAGAAGUGCGGGCACAAUUCAAACUAAGGGCUUGUAAUUCAAUAUUUACAGCACUAGAGAAAAGUCAAGAAGCCAUUGAGAUUACAAGUGAAGACCAUGUAAUACAGUAUGUAAAUCCUGCAUUUGAAACCGUGAUGGGCUAUCAAAAAGGUGAAUUAAUAGGAAAGGAACUAACAGAAGUGCCUACAAAUGAAAAAAAAGCUGAUUUCCUUGACACUAUUAAUUCUUGCAUCAAGAUAGAAAAGGAAUGUCAAGGAACAUACUACACCAAAAAGAAAAAUGGAGAAAGCAUACAACAAAAUGUGAAGAUCAUACCUGUUGUUGGACAGGGAGGAAAAAUUAGACACUAUGUGUCGCUUAGUAGACCAUGCAAUGACAACAAUAAGGCUGAAAGGGUCUGUGAACGUGUACAGGCUGAGUCCCAGACAGAUAUCCAGACAUGCAGGCACAAAGACAGGAGGAAAGGCUCUUUAGAUGUCAGAUCAACCACUUCUCGGGGCAGUGAUGGCAGUUCACAGAGAAGGCACUCGUCUAUGGCCAGGAUACAUUCCAUGACUAUUGAAGCACCUAUUACCAAGGUAAUAAAUAUUAUCAAUGCUGCACAAGAAAGUAGUCCCAUGCCAGUCGCUGAAGCUUUAGAUCGAGUUCUGGAGAUUCUGAGGACCACCGAAUUGUACUCUCCACAGCUUGGGACUAAAGAUGAAGACCCACAUACAAGUGACCUUGUUGGAGGUUUGAUGACAGAUGGCCUACGAAGAUUAUCAGGGAAUGAGUAUAUAUUAUCAGCAAAACAAACUCAUCAGGGUCCAGGCAGUUUAAUCUCGCCCAUCUCCCUUAACGACAUACCACCACAGAUCGCACAAGCCAUGGAGAACGAAGAAUACUGGGACUUCAACAUCUUUGAAUUGGAAGCAGCGACCCAUAAAAGGCCUUUGGUUUAUCUCGGUCUCAAAAUGUUUGCCCGCUUUCGGAUCUGCGAGUUCCUAAAUUGCUCGGAGUCGACGCUGCGGUCGUGGUUGCAAGUGAUCGAAGCCAAUUACCACUCGUCCAACUCCUACCACAACUCGACUCACUCUGCCGACGUGCUGCAUGCCACAGCCUAUUUCCUUUCUAAAGAAAGGGUCAAAGAAACUUUGGAUCCCAUUGAUGAAGUUGCUGCUCUGAUUGCUGCCACGGUUCAUGAUGUGGAUCACCCGGGCCGAACAAAUUCCUUCCUGUGCAAUGCAGGAAGUGAGCUUGCCAUUUUGUACAACGACACAGCCGUGUUGGAGAGUCAUCACGCAGCUUUGGCCUUCCAGAUUACCACACGGGAUGAUAAAUGCAAUAUUUUUAAAAACAUGGAGCGGAAUGAAUACCGAACCCUCCGGCAAGCUAUUAUCGACAUGGUCCUGGCCACAGAAAUGACCAAGCACUUUGAGCACGUCAACAAGUUUGUCAACAGCAUCAACAAGCCGUUGGCUGCCCUGGAAGAGAACGGGGGUUCAAAUGGAGAUGGCGAUUCUGUCAAAAACGUCCUUAUGUCUCCUGAAAAUCGGAUCCUGAUCAAGCGGAUGCUAAUUAAGUGUGCCGACGUUUCCAACCCAUGUCGGCCCCUGGAGCAGUGUGUCGAGUGGGCAGGUCGCAUCUCUGAGGAAUAUUUUGCACAGACGGACGAGGAGAAGAGACAAGGGCUGCCUGUUGUGAUGCCUGUUUUCGACCGGAAUACUUGUAGUAUCCCCAAAUCUCAAAUAUCAUUCAUUGAUUAUUUCAUCACUGACAUGUUUGAUGCUUGGGAUGCGUUUGCAGACCUUCCAAAUCUGAUGCAGCACCUAGACAAUAACUUCAAAUACUGGAAGGGGCUGGAUGACAGGAAGCUACGGACUCUCCGGCCACCACCCGAAUAGCGAACAGGCCUCUCGGUGCUGUGAAUGUUGUCCAUCUGGAAGUGCUCCUACGAACUUGUGUUGGACAAUGCAUUUCCAGAUUUGUUUUGGUCUCUUCAGUAUUACAGUAAGGCCUUCCUGUACACAGCCUCGGAGAACUUGGGUGUUCUAAGAAUGUCUUGAGGUCGGCGGUGAACUCUUGGCUAACUGCCAUCUUGGGACUCUGUCUCAAGCAAGCCUUUCAAGUUGAAUUACACUGGAUUGCUACAGUGCCUGUACUGAAGAGGGUUUAAUAGCAAAACGUUGGUUUUGUCUUGUUACUCGGCAUUGUCUUCAUGCCAGAUUUCUGAAGCUUGAAGAUAGCCUCCUCAUUAAAAGAAACGAUUUUAACACAUUCAUCGGAUCCGCAAGUGAAGGUGAACAAACCCCAUCAGCAGUAAUGACUCAACAAUUAUGAGGAUGGUUUGUGAUGAGCACUUAAAAAAAAAAAAAGCUACAUUGAACAAUUAAAUGUUUGACCCUUUAUGAAGGAUUUUUUUGAUCUUCUGGAAAAUGGACAUAGCUCUAUUUUUUCACAUCACAGAAGGUGCAAUCAUUCACUUCUGAGCACUACUGAGAGCCAGUUCUCUUUAAAAGAAAUUUAGUAGCAAAUGUAAACAAACAAACCCAACCUGCGAAAUUUUUUGAAGUUGAUCGUUAGGCAUCUUUGAUUAAAAUAUGUUUUAUUUAUUUUGUUAGAUGUUCAAUAUUUUCUAUGACUUUCUAAAGACUUUAAAGCCAAAGCCAACUUUAGAUGCAUUACAGAUUUACAUGAUUCAUACUCGUUAUGCAUUUUAUUUUCAUAAUGCAAAAUGCUGUACAAUGAGGAUACAUUUUUAUUGCACUGUAAGGAUAGAUGUGUAUGUUGAAAUAUUGUUCAAUUUUAUGUUAAUUAAAAUAAGUUUUUAUU